AUGAGUGAUUUAGAUUUGUCUGUAGAGCCUAAUUUGCACUCUCUAAUCACUUCGUCGACUCACAAAUGGGUGUUUGUGGGCGGUAAAGGUGGUGUUGGAAAGACGACGUCUUCUUGCAGUAUAGCGAUCCAAAUGGCGCUUGCACAACCUCAAAAGCAGUUUUUAUUGAUUUCCACGGAUCCAGCUCAUAAUUUGAGUGAUGCGUUUGGUGAAAAAUUUGGUAAAGACGCGAGGAAAGUGACUGGUAUGGACAACUUGUCGUGCAUGGAAAUUGACCCCUCUGCCGCAUUAAAAGACAUGAAUGACAUGGCAGUAGCGCAAAAUGGGAAUGGAGGUGACGGGUUGGGUGACUUGCUGCAAGGAGGGGCUCUUGCGGAUCUGACUGGGUCAAUUCCCGGUAUUGAUGAGGCCUUGUCGUUUAUGGAAGUUAUGAAACAUAUCAAGAGACAAGAAGAAGGAGAGGGCGAGAAAUACGACACCGUGAUUUUUGACACUGCUCCUACGGGCCACACGCUGCGUUUCUUGCAAUUGCCGCAGACUUUGUCGCAAUUGUUGGACAAAUUCGGUGAAAUUGCGGGUCGUUUCGGACCCAUGCUGAACUCUUUGACCGGUGGGAACCAGAACGUCGACAUAAUGGGUAAGAUGAACGAAUUGAAGGCCAACGUCGAGAAGAUCAAGCAACAGUUCACAAAUCCUGACAUGACGACGUUUGUGUGUGUCUGUAUCAGUGAGUUUUUGUCGCUAUACGAGACGGAGCGGUUGAUCCAGGAAUUGAUUUCCUACGACAUGGACGUGAACUCCAUUGUGGUCAAUCAGUUGCUGUUUGCCGACAGCGACGCAGAACACAACUGUAGAAGAUGCCACUCGAGGUGGAAGAUGCAAAAAAAAUACUUAGACCAAAUCGACGAACUUUACGAAGACUUCCAUGUCGUCAAGAUGCCACUUUGUGCCGGUGAAAUUAGAGGCCUGAACAAUUUGAAGAAAUUUUCCAAAUUUUUGGACAAGGAAUACGAUCCUGAAGCCGACAAUAAAGUGAUUUACGAGCUAGAAGAACAGAAAUAA